CGGCUGGGCCAUGUUCAGAGGGCCGGGCUCAGCGGGCCUACCCCGCGCCCCGGGGCCCCGGAAGCCCGCCCCGCGGAGCCUCAGCUGCCUCUCGGACCUGGACGGCAGUGCAGCCCCGGAGCCGCGGCCGUGCAGGCCCCCUGGGAGCCCCGGCCGCGCGCCCCCGCCGCUGCCGGCGCCGUCAGGCUGCGAGCCCCGCCUGCGGCCCAUCAUCCUGCGGCGGGCGCGCUCGCUGCCCAGCUCCCUCGAGCGCCGCCAGAAGGCCACGGGCGCACCGGGCGCUGCGUGCGGGCCGGGCUGCAGCCGGCAGCACCGAGUGCGCUUCGCCGACGCGCUGGGUCUGGAGUUGACGCAGGUCAAGGUGUUCAACGCGGGCGACGACCCGUCGGUGCCGCUGCACGUGCUGUCGCGGCUCGCCAUCAACUCGGAUCUGUGCUGCAGCAGCCAGGACUUGGAGUUCAACCUACAGUGCCUCGUGCCCGACUUCCCGCCGCCUAUUGAGGCAGCCGACUUCGGCGAGCGCGUGGGGCGGCAGCUUGUGUGCCUGGAGCGCGUCACCUGCUCGGACCUGGGCAUCAGUGGUACGGUGCGCGUGCGCAACGUGGCCUUCGAGAAGCAGGUGGCGGUGCGCUACACCUUCUCCAGCUGGCGCAGCGCGCACGAGGCGGUGGCGCGGUGGCGCGGGCCGGCGGGCGACGAGGGUACCGAGGACGUCUUCUCUUUUGGCUUCCCAGUGCCGCCCUUCCUGCUGGCUCUCGGCUCCCGCGUGCACUUCGCGCUGCGCUACCGAGUGGCCGGCGCCGAGUACUGGGACAACAACAACGGCCGCGACUACAGCCUCACCUGUCGCAACCACGCGCUGCACAUGCCGCGCGGGGAGUGCGAAGAGAGCUGGAUCCACUUCAUCUGAGACUUCGUCAGAGGGAACCUGGUGCCUCUGCUCCUAAGCUGCACCUGCAGACACUUCCUUGCUGGGCUCUCAUAUCUGAGUGGCUGCUGUUCCCCACACUCCACCCCACGUCCUCUGAUCUCACUUCCUUCUGCAAGGUCCCCUGGCAGUGGCCCGUCCUGUCUUCUUGAAACGUCUGUGUCACUUGGUCUAAAAAGUAGCCUCAGGUGGCCAGAAGGCCUAGUUGUGUAAUGUGCUGGGGGAGGAUCCUGGGUGGGUAGAUGCGUGGACGUGCUGGCGCCUCUGGAGAAAGCCCAGGCAGGGUCUUUUUUUGGAAAGGCGCGCAUCCUCCUUCUAGGCAGGCCUGUGGCUUUUGCAUGUGUCCUGAUUGGGUCUCUGUAAACGUAGUUAUUUAUUAUCAUUGUGAUGCUGGGACCUUUUACCUUUAGUGGAGGCCUUCUCAGGAACAUUCUGGAUUUAAUAAGCUAAAAAAAGUCAGUCUUGCGUGUGUGCCCACUGUCAACAGAGUAUAUAGUAUGACCCCCAUCAUGAUCCCUUGAGGCGUUCCUGCCCUGGGACAAGGAAAACCUGAGACCACAUUAGCUUGCCAAUGCCUGUAGACUUGUAAUAGUAGGAAACUAUUAAUAGGCAAGAAAUGUAUGCCUCAUCAGUCAUCACACAACCAUUCCUGGGAUUUCAGGCUGCCCUGGUUAGGCUGUGAGCCUCCUACACCAACAGCUGAGAAAGAGGAAAAAGCUUUAAACUUUUGUACUAGCAAAUUGGCCCCUUCUCUGCAGUCUCUCUUCUCACUUCAUGUAUUUCUCUUGUACAUGUUUGAUAAUUAUGUAUCUGCAUGUUAUCAGGCCCUUCUGUUUAAGUUUGAAACUACAUGAACAUUUUAAGAAAUUCUGCCUUAAGUUAUUUCAAUUUUCUGGCAACUCUAUAGAAUUUCAGGCAACAAUGCCCUUUGCAAUUACCUUUUUGAUGAUUAAAGUGACUCUUUUUAUGUCUUCAUAAGUGUCAAAAGAUUCCAACAGUCAGCUUUCAGAAGUUACCAAGGGGAACUAGAAGGUGUUUUCAGCAACAGCCAGAGCACUGGAGGAAAAAUAAUUCACAAAUAUUUAUACUCUUUUAACUAUUUUAAAUUAUACUUAGAUAUACUCGGUUUUAUCAUCCACCUGCGAACUUUAUUCUUUGUGCCUUCAGAUAGGAGAGUUUCUAACAUUGUCUGGACUUGUUUCCCAGUUUUAAAAUGUUAAAUGCCUUUCUUUCCGUUUUUUUUUUUUUUUUUUAAAUCUCCAACUAAGACAUCAAGGCCAUUGGUGCCUGCAGAGUUCCACAAUGACACAAAACUCCCAGCAAGGUGCUGAUGAAUCAGGUGCUGAAUGGUAGUCUCUCUGACAGCAGGUGCUAGUGCUGAGGUUCGAUAACCCAGCCAAGAUGGACAAGGCCUUCAACUUGCAAAGUUCAGUUAGAAUACAGUUGAAACUAGUGUAAUCUCUUUUGUGAUAGCUGUCACCAAUGAAUUAACUCCAAAUCUUGGAAUGCUUGUUGACAUUUGUCAAGUCAAUAUGCAAGGAUGCAUUUAACCAAUUUGUUUCUUAUAUAAUUGCAACUUCUGUGUUUUUAAAAUUCCAAGAAGAGGGAUGGCUUUCUUUGGUACUUUUAGAUCUGAAAACACUGAAUUUUGAUUAGAAAUAUUGUGGUUAAAUUGAACGACCUUUGACCAUUAGAUCUGUGCACUACAUUGGCAUGCAAGAGAGACAGAAGCCUGGUUGCAUUUCCUGCUGUUUAGCAAACUGUCCAAUUAGGUCAGCAAGCCUGUGAGGGCCUCAGCUGCUGUGCCCUGGCCCCAGCCCAGAGUGCAAGACAAUUGUCCAGAGUAUUCAGGUGUAUGAGUUAGAGCCACCAAGUGUAUUGUUGUGUAAAGGCAUGUAGAGAAUCUUAGAAUCCAUGUGAAAGUCACUUGCCAAAAAGGUUCUGGUCAUGGAAUAUAAAGUAAAUGUUAUAUCUUUGAUAGUAAGAGAACCUCAAUGUGCCUUUUAAAACAUAGCAAUGUUUUAAAAUUUAAAAGCUUAAAUAUACCUGCCAGGUUAAUAAAGUUCAGUAUAAGGAGAACUUCCAGACCCUAAAACACAGUUAUAUUGCUUAUAUGUUAAACUUUUAUAGUGGAUUGUGCAAUUGUUGGGUUGUCUCCCCAAACAUAUUUUAAUGUCUGUCAUUUAAGAUGAUUUCACUCAAGAGUGAAUAUUAAAGUACAU